UUCUCUGUUUUCCAAUUAAAAAAAAAUAUAAACCAAAUCCAUUGAAAUUCCCCGAUUCUUCGUCGCAAAGGAAAAACACCAAACCAACCGCGUUUCUUGAGCUAUAAAGCGCAAUCUCGAAAUCCAACUCUCGAUUCCAUCGAAACCAUCAAUUCCUGUAAGAUUCAGCCAUGAAAGGAGCUCGAGAACAACCCCAAGCCAGCCAUCACGAGGAAGAGACCAAACACCAAGAAACUCAGGCAUCGUCAUCGGAUCAAAAGAAGUGGGGGACCCACGUGAUGGGAGCUCCCGCGGCUCCCGCGGCGCAUCCCGACAACCAGACGGCGGCGUUGUGGGUCGCCGGAGAUAACCAGCAGACACAGUACCAACCCUACAUAGUGUACUCCCCGGUGGAGAAGCCGACGAGCAAUCCGCUCGAACCGGUGAUCGGGAUGUUCCAUUCAUGGAGCCGUAGGGCUGAGACCGUGGCUCGUAACAUCUGGCACAACCUGAAGACGGGACCGUCAGUGUCGGAAGCUGCAUGGGGGAAAGUGAAUCUGACGGCGAAGGCCAUAACGGAAGGAGGGUUCGAGUCACUGUUCAAGCAGGUAUUCGGGACUGAACCGAACGAGAAGCUGAAGAAAACGUUCGCGUGUUACCUCUCGACCACGACCGGACCUGUGGCCGGGACCCUUUACCUUUCCACGGCUCGUCUCGCCUUCUGCAGUGACCGUCCUCUCUUCUUCACCGCUCCCUCCGGCCAAGAAGCUUGGAGCUACUACAGGGUGGUGAUACCGCUGGGAAGCGUAGGGACGAUAAAUCCGGUGGUGGCGAAGGAGAAUCCGCCGGAAAAGUACAUGGAGGUGGCGACGGUGGAGGGACAUGAGUUCUGGUUCAUGGGUUUUGUCAACUUUGAGAAAGCCACUCAUCAUCUUCUCCACUCUCUCUCUGAGCUCAGAUCAUUACAACAUCAAACCCUAAACCCUGUUCCACCACUACUUUCAUGAUCAUCGUUCAAUCAUCCUCACGUAUAUAAUUUUUUUUUUAAUGUUGAAUCUGGUUUCAUGUUUCCUUCUGUAACCUUAUGUACUACCUUUUUUUUUUGUAAAAUAUGUGCGUUGAAUUUCUGAUGUGAUAUGUAUUCGUUUUGUCAAAAUAGAAUAUGCUUCAGUUUUUUUGGUCUA